CAGUUAAGCUCAUCAGAUUGUUCAGUUUUCUUUUGGUUUCUACUGUGGAAAACAACCUUUGGUUCUCGACUCGAUGCUUCUGGAUUUCAGGAUGUGUUACCUACGGAUUGGCGUUACGUUAAUUCUAGCACUGUUAACGGAGGUUUGGACGCAAAGCCCAGGGCCCAUGAAGACCAGAUGUCAAGGGAAUGUAAUGGUGAUGGAGGGAGACGGGUCUAUUUUUUGGGGGAAGCAUCUCGAAUUCGAUGUAAUGGACUCAUCUGGACAAUUCAUACCAAUUUCACCAAAACUAGCAACUCAGUGUGGAUAUAGCAUAACCAUUGACUUCUGGGGAAAUGUCCAAUUCAUUGCUUCUGUGCUGAGCUGCUUUGCCAAAAAUACUAAGGAUGAGUCCUUCACCCUCACUGUACAAAUAAGGGUAUCUUCAAAUGGGGGUCUAUCUUUCCCCACCAAAUACAUCCAGAGCCUUACAUGUGACUAUUUUCCAUGGGCAGCAAGGGAAAUCUUGUGUGAAAGAAACUAUAUGGAGGUAUCUGUCAGGAGGGGAAUACCACUCAUUGAUCCAGAGUUUGUUCAGGAUGAGCCUGAUGACUGGUCUUUGGCUGUACCUGAGGCAAUUGUUGCUGAAAAUGAUGUCUGGCAAGUGGUCUUUUAUCUUGCUGAAAAGAAAUCCAUGACUGUUUCUCAAGCUAUGAAGGCAGGCUACAGCAUCAACACCACGCAUACCAGGAUUGUGUUGCGAGCAGCCUACAACUCUUCAGAAAGCCAGCAGCAGACUAUCCAAGGUGUUCCAAUGUCUGUGAUCCGGUCCACUACUUUCUACAAACAGAAAUGGCUGAUCAUGAUGGUAGACACUGCAGUUGCCUGUCCUAUUGAUGGCACCAUGUUUACUGAAGAGCUGAUUACCUGGAACAUCCCACGCAUUCUACCCCCCCUUGUUCCAACUACACCUAUCAAGGACCUUGAUAUUGUGUUGGGAGUGAAUGGUGACAAACUGUCCCCUUCAACAAUUAAUGACCGGAACUACACUUUAGAUGUGGGACCCAACUUGAUCAUGGCUACAUUUCCAGUAGGGGCUAUUGGAGGACAAUAUAAGAGUCAUGUGAAGUCCAAUGUAUAUGGUAUUACUUACUCUAUUGAUCCUUUCCUGGAACACUCCUGGCAAGAUGAUACCCUUGAUAAAACAAAGUACACUAUCCUUCAUCCCAUAACUACGCCAUUCAUGCCAAGGCCUCCACAUGUUAUCAACAACACUAUUCCUGAUGAAAGGGUGUUCAAUGUAACACUGGGCACAUUCUUGCCUGAUGUGGAGCUGGUGCAAAUUUCCUUCUACACGGGACCACUGACUGUACCAGAGGCCAACCAGCGAGGCUAUAAUGUUCAAGAGCAUACCUUUCCCAAUGGUUCUUUGACCUACACUCUGCAAGUGCCAUUUGAAGACCCUAAUGUACUGGUGGAGCUGCUUUCUCCUGACACUAGAAAGUACACUCUACCUCUGGUAUAUACCUUGGUGGUGCUGCCUGAAAAUGAGUCUUUUACAUACCCAGCUGAAGUUGAAGCCAUUUUAAAGGAUGUUGUUCCACCUUCUGUAACUGGAUACUGCAGCCUGAUCUCCUUUGUUGUUGUAAUAACAAAUGGGAAUCUGGGAAAAAACUGGGUACUCAUUGUGGGCAAGAGAUCCCUCACCUCUUCAAUGGCUGCUGAAUAUGCUUAUUGGGAGAAUGCAACCCAUUCUGGGUUAACUGUCCCAUUUAACUCUCCUGAUGUAGCCUAUGAAUUAAUUAGGUCUUCAGAAAUCCGUACUCGACUGGACUUAACUCUGGAGGAUACUGAGAAAUCUUGGGUCUAUGCAAACUUCUCGCUCUCAUGCAGCUUUCCACUAAAAAUGAUUGAAUGCUUUUCCAAUGGAUCCAUGGCCGCCCUGGCAGUGAAGCUGGAGUCUGUACCCGACAUGAUGCCUAGCCAGCUCACCCUCAGGGACCCAAGCUGCAGACCUGCUCAGUCUGGUGCUGGUACAGCAGUGUUCUAUUUUAAUGCCAACUCUUGCCAAACAACUCGACAGUUUAACAAUAACAUCAUGACUUAUGAGAAUGAAAUUUUAUGGACCUCCUCAAGAACAUCUUACAGAUUUGGUGUGGUCUGUCACUAUCGUAUAAAUGAUAGCAGGACUGUCUACUUUGAGUCCAUGGGUAACCCUGGGCCUGUUGCUGAGCCAGGCUUGGGUAACUUUACAGUUGUCAUGAGGCUUGCACUUGAUGUUUCCUAUGUCAACUUCUAUGGAGUGCCUGACUAUCCAGUAGUGAAGUAUUUGAGUGAACCAUUAUACUUUGAGGUGGAGCUAUUGUACAGUAAAGAUCCACAAGUUGAAUUAUUUCUGGAAAACUGCUGGGCUACUGCUUCUUCUGAUAUGGACAGCUCUCCUGGAUGGGAUGUUAUUAUUGACAGCUGUGAGAACUCUGCAGAUCCAAACACAACUGUCUUCCAUCCUGUAUCUAGUGACCAGAGAGUAACAUACCCCUCCCACCUAAAGAGAUUUGAAGUGAAAAUGUUUUCCUUUGUGAAAGAUGGGGCUGUGUUGAAACUACCUAUUUUCUUCCACUGCAGUGUCUUCAUAUGUGAUGCAAACCAGCCACUAGACAGUUUGUGCAAAGGACAGUGCGUUCCUGGAAAGCAAAGACUAGGUCGUAGUGUAGACCAGAAACGCAGAACACUUGUGUCAUCUGGUCCUGUUGAACUCCAAUAAACUGGCCUCAAUUCUUUACUAGUAUAAGGCUGGAUUUCCUCUUGUGACCAUAUGAGUCUUCUGUAACUGCUUCCAUGAAAUGGACAAAUAAACUUUUAUUUCCAUCUUUAA